GUAUAUAUGACGCUCGAGCCGUCAGUCGAAGACACUCUUGCAACAGCUAGCUCCCUUUUAUAUUCCCCCAAAAAGCCUACUGCCUAGUAUCGGCCAUAUUGGUGUAUUGUAUCAUUGGUCUUUCGUAUCGACGAGUUUUCCCGAGUACAGAAAAGAUAAUCCAGCAUCAUGACUGACUCUCUUAAAUUUGGUCCAGAAUGGCUGCGUAACUUAGGAGGAGAUGGUUGUAGUUCUGGGGGUAAUAGUGGAGGAGGUGGAGGUGGAGGUGGUUUAAUUCCUCCUAAAUAUCAACUGGCAGAAUUUCGUUAUGGUCGUGAAGAAAUGUUAGCUCUUUAUGAUCGUUCGUAUAAUGCUCCAGAACCUUUAACAUCUUUUACUGCACUAUAUGUGGCAAAACCUCAGGCUCCACUUGCUCUCUCACAAAUGUCAGAGGAUGAAACACGUCUAUGGAAUGGGGGUAUGAGUGUUAAUAUUACUCGUGGCAGAGGAGCAGGAAGUGCGGAUAGAGGCAAUAGAGCCAGAACUGGAAGAGGUCCUGGUACCCAUUUCCGGGGUUCAGGGUUUGAAGAUGAGCCUGCAAGAAGUGAAACGCAACCAUUUCCUAUACGAAACAGAUCAUUUGAUCAACGACCAAUUGAUCGAAGCUGGACGGACAGAAAUGGAGGUGACGUUAUGGAUUGGAAUGGGGGUUCAACAAGUCCAAGAAAAGAGCUAAAUCGUGGAGUAUCAGGUAGCUCAUUAAUGGAAAGUAAUUGGAGGCGCCAACGAGGAGCAGAGGAGGACGAAGGUUGGAGAACGGAUCGGAAUAAUUCUAAAGUUGAAAAAUGGAUAAAAACCAGCAGCUGGCGCGAAGACAAAGACCGAAGCGAUCGUGGGGCCGACAUAGAGGACGAUAAAAGAUUGGAUCGUUGGGAUCAUAAAGGAACUGGCAGACCUUUUGAUACCCCACUCAUGCGUAGAAGUCGUAUAAAUCAUCUUGAUAAUCAUGAAUUGCCAGAAUGGGCCACGGAAAACACCGGUGAAGGAGGCGGAAGUUUCGAUGCGUCCGGAGCUUUCCAUGGUACUUAUUCGGAUGAUGAGGACGAUUACGGUGAGAGACGCGACGAACGUAAACGAGGUUCGCGUGUACGUCGUGUCUCUGAAGGUAACACUCCUCAUAAUAAGCAAUUUCCAAGUACUCUAAAACCAUCAUCUACUUCUACUCCUGGAGGCAAAGGUGAAAAACCUCUUAAUGGUGAAAGAGCAAAAUUAGGACUUGAAACAAAUACCAAGAUCGAAAAAGAAACUCUUCACACCAAUAGACGAAGUUUGACUCCUAUUGAAUCUCCUCAAGCACCAAGUACUCCUGUACUCAAUAAAAAGCAGACCGGUAUUGGUAAUCAGCAGCAAAAUGUUGAGGCUAAGAAGAAGGACAAUAAACAAGCCAAAAAUAUUAAUGAGAAAACUAAAGAAGCCAAUACAGCAGGUACAACAAAAACAAAAUCAAAAUCUGAAGAUUCUAAAAAAGUAGAAGAAACUAAAGCUAAAUUAAAAGCAACAGCUAAUAUACGUGAUGGCUCUCCAAUAAUAGAACAGUACCUGGCAGAAAAUAUUCAAGUAUCUCAAUCAUCUCAGCCCAUGCAACAGCAGUCCGCUGCCUCUAAAAAGCGGCAGCAGCAAUCAGAAUUAAUACAAUCGGAACUCAUUCAGACUAUGUCGGAUCAGCAACCAAUUCAGAGUGAAGCCGAUAGUUUAAACAGAUUUGAAGAAGAAGUUGCAAAAUUGAUUGACAGCAAUAGUCCACGCAUUGAAAAACCUUCCACAAAUCCAUUGUCAGGAGGGGGCGACACUGCCCAACCUGUUGCUUCGCAAUCGCCUAAUACAAAACUCGGCCAGGAUAAAUGGUACUACCGUGAUCCCCAGGGUCAAGUUCAAGGACCAUUUUUGGCUAGUGAAAUGGCGGAAUGGCAUAAACAAGGUUAUUUUUCACCAAACUUGAUGGUGAGAAGAACCUGCGAUGAAACGUAUACUACUCUUGGCAACUUAGUAAGCUUAUGUGGUAGUGUACCAUUCAAACCCAACAUCAAUAUUCCACCUCUGAAGGUGGGUGAUAACGUAAUGACUCCUUCAACUAUGCCUACCGGCAUUUCCGCUACUGGUAUUCCUCCUAAUUUGAGUAAACCCUCAGGGAUGGAUGAUCCUCUUAUGGUGUACCAGUAUCAGCAAUAUCGCUUUUUCCAAAAUCAGCAACAGUUGUUGUUGAAAAUGCGCGCCAAUGCUAUCAAUAAGCUAUCUCAAAAUGAUCAAUGGGGUAGCCUAUCGCAAUUAGAACAAAAUCAGUUGGUGGCUCAACACGUUCGAGCAUUGGAUCCUGAUGUGGCAGAUUUAUUGCAACAUCAACUACCUCCGCCUCCCCACAUGCAACCACCAGUUUUACCCGGUGGUUUUAUGACUUCAAUUCAACAGCCUGUGCAGCCUACACCUUCAAACUCUGUUUUGCAGCUGUUCCCUCAAUUGCACCAAAAUAUACCUGCAGCAAAACCAGCUCCAGAACCAGUGCAUGUACCAUCUAACAAUCCUCAUCCAAGUCAAAUCCCACAAAAUCCUAUUGAUCCUAUUCAGCAGCUAAUGCAGCAGAUGAAUAUUCGUAACGUGUCGACGAUGCCUCAGACGCCACCUCCACCACCUGUACAAACUCCCCCUCAACCUUCAGCAACUGUAUCAGAAGAUGAAAACCCCAUAAAAUCCUGGCUGAGACAAUUUGGCGUCAAUACUAAUGGACCAAUGCCGACACAAAAACAUCAACCGCAACCGCAAAUGGAUUCAGUUUGGCACCAAACACCACAGCAAAAUCCCAUGCCUGCUUUUAAUGCCCAAACAUGGAUGUCACAGGUUGGCGCGAUUCAACCAAACUUGUCCGGACAGUUGACUGGGUCUUUGUGGGAUAUGCAUCCAAAAGAGAUGAAAACCGAGCAACAAAUUUUGGAGGAACAAAAUUUAAAGAUGCUAGAAGAGAAGAAAAAAGAAGAACUACGUCAACAGGAAGAGCUCGAACGUCAAAAAACUGAAGAGUGUUUGAAAAGAUUGAAAGAAGAAGAGCGAGCAAGAAUUGAAGCAGAAAAAUUAGCAGCUGCUGCCGCUGCAGCAGCUGCCAAACGCAGCGAAGCAGAAAGAAAGAAACGCGAAGAAGAAAUUCGCAAACGGGAAGAAGAAAAACGUAAAAAGGAAGAAGAACAACGCAAGUUAGAAGAAAAGAAGCGUAAAGAAGAAGAAAGAAAACGUGAAGAAAAACGUAAGCACGACGAGGAAGUCAAUCGCAAAAAGCAAGAAGAAGAAAAACGCAAACGUGAAGAGCUUCGAAGGCAAGAAGAAAAACGACGCAAAGAAGAAGAAAAACGAAGACUUGAAGAAGAAGAACGCAAACGAGAGGAAGAAAUAUUAAUGAGGAGGGAAGAAGAAGCGAGAAGAAAGUAUGAGGCUCAAGAACAAGCCAGGGAAGCUGAACAGAGACGACGGGACGCUGAAAAUGUAAGGAAAAUGCAGGAACGCAGUAAAGCUCCUUGGGCUCAAGCACCACCUGUUAUUCCUCCAACUGCUCAAGCUUCUCUUGCAGAAAUUCAAAAACUUGAACGAGAAAAAAAAGCGGAGGAAAUGCGGAUUCAACAAAUUUUACAACAGCAACUUUUAGCUCAACAAGAGGCAGCACAAAAGUCUCUCGAAGCUCAGGCAGAUUCUGCAAAAAGAUUGCAGUUCAAAUGGGCUGAAAAAGUCUCUCCAACAAAUAAUGUUGGUCAAGUUAAAAGUUUGGCUCAAAUUCAACAAGAAGAGCAAGAACGGAUUGCUAAAAUGAAACAGCAAGAACGUGAAAAGCAGGAAAAAGAAAAGGCAAUUCAAAAAGAAACUCAAGUAAAUCUGCAAAAUGUUAAUAUUUGGGGUACCGCCUCUCAAAGUUUGAGCUGGUCAAAUCCUCCUCCUCUUCCAACCAAUAGACAAGGAUUUACUGGUUCAUCAAUGAUGCCUGCUGGUGGUUUUUGGGAAGAGGCCUCGCCUAAAAUUGCUGCUAAUUUUAGCAAACCGUCUCAACAACUUCAACAACAAAAACAGCAGCACUUACAACAGCAACAGCAGCUUCAACAACAACAGCAACAGCAGCUUCAACAACAGCAACAGCAGCUUCAACAGCAGCAACAGCAGCAGCAACAACAACAACAACAACAACAACAACAACAAAAUAAUAAAAUCAAUAAAAGCAAAAAUAAAAAAGAUGAAGAAUCUGUAAAAAAAUCGAGUGAACAAAACACUGCCAAAACUGAUGAAUUUACCCUAUGGUGUAACAAGACUUUAAGUAGCUUGCAGGUAUCAGUAGAUAUUCCUACAUUCAUUGGUUUCCUUCGUGAUAUUGAAUCUGCGUAUGAAGUAAAAGAAUACGUUCGUUUAUAUCUUGGUGAUGGGAAGCAAUGUUCCGAUUUUGCCAAACAAUUUUUAGAAAAGAGGAGCAAGUGGAGAUCUGCUCAGAGACCACCAACUCAAGCAGAUGAUUUAUGUAAGCCUGCUCCAGCAGUGAAUCCAAAUACUUCCACAGAUUUCCAAGAAGUAAAGGGUAAAUCGAAAAAGCCGAAAAAAGGAAAAAUGUGCAAGGUAGAUAGCAAACUGCUUGGUUUCAGUGUCAUGUCUGCCCCCGACCGCAUCAAUGUUGGAGAUCGUGACUAUGCGGAUAGCGUGUAAUCUGGUACAUUUGUACUCUUCUGGAUCUCAUCAUGUCAUUUAAUCAUAACAGAAGCAAAGACAUAAGCAUACCUAGUUUCAUCAAUUUCAAGUUUUCAGAGAAGUCAAUAUGCUAUUUAUGAAUUUGUUAUUGUUAUUGUAUGCAUCAUCAUGUCAUACUAAGAUGUAAAUUUUGAAAAUUCUCGACAGCGAGAAUGUUCAUUUACACUCAUAAAUUUUCUGUGAAAAAUCAUAAUAGUAAUCUCUUGAAUCGGUUUUUUGAUUUGUGUAAAAUGAUCACAGCUUCGAUAUCGUCGAGAAUUUACAAAUACUUUACAAUUGAUUCUUUUAUAAAAACUCAAAAUCUAACAUCAAUUAGGCACCAAAAACAUCUUCAUUAGCACUAAUGUCUGUACAUGCAAUUAGGAACGAUAAUUAAACUUUGUUAAUUAGAUGAAUAAUUAAUUUUAUCGAUUUAAAACAAGUACACGUUCAAACACCCAUAUACUACGGUUUAACUUUGUGAUUAAAAUAUUUUCUUAAAUACUUUCUCAACUUUGAUGAUUCAGUUUUGAAUGUACAAAAGAUCUAUUUAUCUUGACUUUUAAAUCACACAAUUUAGUUUUCUCAUUAAUUCAUUUCGGACAUUCAAGCGUAUUUCAUACUGUAAUAUUCGAGCAAUGUUUGUAACUAAGUAGAUGAGUUAUUGCAUUCAUUAUUUUCUUUUACUUUAAUUCAUUUUUGUCUUUUUAUUAAUAUUAUUUAAUAACUGCAUAGCAAUGUGCACAAUUUGAAACAGCAAAGCUGAGCAUUUUUGUCAGGUUUUAAAAAUUUAAAGAUCUGUAUUGAGCUAAAGCUGUACUUUUAUCCCAUGAUUUUAUUUAAUAUAAUUAUUUAACUCAUUUAUCAAAUUUUUAUGAAAAAUAUAUUUUGAUUUAGAAGUUUGAAAAAAUUUUGUUAGACUUUGAAAUGAAUGUAUUCUAUCAGCAUAUUUAAUUUGGUUAAUCAAUACUAUGUACCAUUUUUUAUGAGAAAUAGCUCUCCAACGAAUUUACAAUAAUCAUACUAGGAUGAGCAAGUUGAUAAUAAAAAAUAAGCGAUUCUUUGAAAAAUGAAAUUCAAUGCUGAACAAAAUACAUUAACUUUUUGGGUUUGAUAACAUUAUUUUGUUUGCUUUUUCUUAAUGUUUCUACGGAUUUUUUUUCAUUUUAUAUGAGUUAUAUAUUAUUUUAUUAUUUGCAAGAUAUAAACGAUCAUGUACAUACAUGUCCCUGUAAAAUCUUAUUUAUUGUAUUAAGCAGUAUGACUGGUGAAUUGAGAAGUGUAGACUUGAAAAGAUUUAAAAAAUAAGCAGCGUGAAUGUGAAUCAUAAUGCGUAAAUUUUUUGACUACACUUGUAAAUAAUACCGAUAGUUAUUUAUGUAUGGACUCAUUGAGAGUUGAUCAAAUCAGUUUUUAUGUGGUAAGAUUAAAAAAAACAUCAAGUAGUUGAACGUAUGCACCGAAACUCGGCACUUGUGCUGUUUUAUCCUUACAAUUGCCGAUUUUCUGAUAAAGUUCUGUGGCGAUUCAGUGAAAGUUAUUAAAACAAUAAGAUUGUUGUAUUUUUUGAAAGUAAUUCAGAAAAAAUAACAAUCUUUAAACUAUAAAGACAAAUUUAUAUAAAGGUAAUGAAAAACAAAAUAUAAGUACACAACAAUACAUACAGUGAUGAUUGAACAGGAAAAAAUAAGAGUGAUUGAUAUUGUAUCAAUAUUAACUUUAUUACCAUUAUAAAAUAUAUUACUGAAUGUAUCUUGCAACUUGGCAAAAAAUAAACAUUAUAUUUUCCAA